CACAGCGAGUGCCAAGGGCGCCUCCAAGCGGCCGCCGUGGGACCUGCGGGGACAGCUCGGGGACCUGCGGGGGGCGCUGGGCCAGGCCCAGGAGCGGCUGCAGGGGCUGGACAGCGAGAAACGGGAGCUGGAGAGCGAGAAACAGGAGCUGAGGGAGCGCCUGCAGCAGCUGCAGAGCGAGCUGGGCCAGAGCCAGAGCAGGGAGAGCAGCCUGAGCACCAGGGUCGGCUCCCUGGAGCUGGAGGUGUCGCAGUGCCGUGAGCUGCUGGAGCAGAGCCGGGGCCGGGAGGAGGCUCUGGAGGCCAAGGUGCAGCAGCUGCAGGCGGAGGAGGAGAAGCGGCGGCAGGAGAGGGACGAGGCCCUGGGCCGGGCUCAGGCGCUCUCAGAGCAGCUGGAGAGCACCGAGGCGCAGCUGCAUGAGGUGCAGCAGCAGCUGCAGGAGAAGCAGGAUCAGGUGUCAGCGCUGCAGGAGCUGGAGGCCUCGCAGAGGACGCUGCUGGCCGAGCACGAGGAGCGCAUCCACCUGCUGGAGAUGGAGCGGCGCCGCCUGCACAACGACAUCCAGGAGCUCAGGGGGAACAUCCGCGUGUUCUGCCGCGUGCGGCCGCUGCUGCCCGAGGAGCGGGAGCGCCAGCGGGGGAUGCCCCACCUGCACUUCCCGCCCCAGGACGCCCGCAGCCUCGUGCUCACCCGGCCCGACGAC